GACGCGCAGCGCGCCGUGGCCAACAUCUACAACUCAUACAUCGCGGCCGCUGCAAUUGGUGCUGCGUGGGAAGUCGGUCUGUUCGAAGAGCUGCGCCAGCACGAACACGUCCACAUAUCCGAGUUCGCAACUAAGCAGAGCCUGGACCUGAAAUCCACUCAGGGGUUGGUGGUUUCGUUGACUGUUGUCGGCAUACUCCAGCAUAAAGGAGAUAUUGUCCAGACGGGCAGAUUGUUCGACGAGGCUUAUACGCAGAAGUCCGUCUUCCACUGGCUGGCUCUCGGCUCAGGUACACUGUUUGCACGUAUGCAGUACGUGCUUCGCAAGGAGAAUCGGACUGGAGAUUAUUACACACGGGAUAGUGUUGCUAUCGGAUACGCCUGCAAGGACAUCAACACUGUUCAUUUCGAUCCCAUAUUCUGGACGGCGAUGAAGCAGCUUGAUUUCAGUUUUCACAAGGUCGUUGACCUGGGCAGCGGCAGCGGUGAACGCUUGAUGGAAAUCUUGAACCGUUACCCCAACACCAAAGGUCUCGGUAUCGAUGUCGCUGCUCCUGCGCUGCAGAAGUCCGCAAACGAUGCGGAGACACGCGGCUUCGGGGAUCGAUUGUCGUUCACCUUGGGUGACGCCACUAAUCUGGAACAUCGCGAAGAAUUCGCUGAUGUAGACCUAUUGACAUGCUUUCUUAUGGGACACGACUUCUGGCCACGGGAGAAUUGCAUUGCCUCGCUCCAACGUUUGCGGUCGGCCUUUCCCAAAGCUCGCCGCUUUUUGCUGGGCGACACUGUCCGAAUCCUCCUGAAUCAGACAGGGCUCUCCAAGUACGCAGUUACCGAGGAAAGUGUUCCCAGCUUCACUCUCGGGUUUGAAUUUGGUCAUGCGCUGAUGGAUACGUAUAUCCCUACAAUGGAGGAUUGGGAGGGCGUCUUCGCCGAAGGGGGCUGGCGCUGUGUCAAGCAACAUCUAAUAGAGACGCAGUCUCUUUCCGUUAUUUUCGAGCUUGAA